AUGGCCGCUAUUCGUAAAAAGCUGGUUAUUGUAGGUGAUGGUGCAUGUGGUAAAACGUGCUUGCUGAUUGUAUUUAGCAAAGAUCAAUUUCCCGAAGUUUAUGUACCUACAGUAUUUGAAAAUUAUGUAGCUGAUAUCGAAGUUGAUUCGAAGCAAGUAGAACUCGCAUUAUGGGAUACUGCAGGACAAGAGGAUUACGAUCGUUUGCGACCAUUAUCAUAUCCGGAUACUGACGUGAUUUUAAUGUGCUUCAGCAUCGAUAGUCCAGAUAGUCUGGAAAAUAUUCCUGAAAAAUGGACACCGGAAGUCAAACACUUUUGUCCUAACGUACCUAUCAUUUUAGUUGGUAACAAGAAGGAUUUGAGGAACGAUGAAAAUACACGUAGGGAAUUAGCGAAAAUGAAGCAAGAGCCUGUUAGACCUGAGGAAGGCCGUGCUAUGGCUGAAAAAAUUAAUGCCUAUAGCUACUUGGAAUGUUCUGCUAAGUCUAAAGAAGGUGUACGAGAUGUAUUUGAGACAGCCACUCGCGCUGCCUUGCAAGUGAAAAGGAAGAAGCGCUCAUUUCAUUGUUCACUCUUGUAA